CGAAGCAGUUUCUUGUUCUUCAUUCUUUUCCUUUUCUUUCCCUUUUCCAAAUUUUCAUCGAUCUCGACUUUCCGGCAAAUGGACUCGCAUGAUCCGAAGUCGAACGCUAUGGCGAUCGUACUCAUGGGCGUCUGUGGUUCUGGAAAAUCUACAAUUGGUGCGAUGCUGGCCGAGGCCAUGGGCUUGACUUUUCUUGAUGCUGAUGAUUUUCAUCCAAGUUCUAACAAGGAAAAAAUGUCGAAAGGAAUCCCUCUUUCAGACGAAGAUCGGAUACCGUGGCUCGAGAAGAUUCGAGGUACGUUGAGAGAGAAGAUGGGUAGUAAAAACAGUGUAGUUCUUGGUUGUUCAGCUCUGCAAAAACAGUACAGAGAGAUUCUGAGAUCAGCUGAUCCAAAUUAUGAAGGAAUUGGAAUCAGCUGUGUGGUGAAGUUCGUUCUGUUGGAUGCUCCAGCUGAGGUGAUUGCUUUGAGGUUAGAGAAAAGAGCCAAAGAAGGUAACCAUUUCAUGCCUUCAACUCUUUUGAACUCCCAGCUUGAUUUGCUGCAGAUUGAUGUUUCUGAAGGCAUUUUACAAGUUGAUGCUACUCUUAGUCCUCAGGCAAUUGUGAGUAGUAUUAUCAAGUUGGUUCGUGGACUAUUCACAAUAGAUUUGAGUUGAUUUUCGAAUCGUUCUAAUUACACAAAUCAUCACUUUGAGAUGAGAAAAAAUGUUUAUAAAAAAUUUUAGAUUGACAUUGUGAUGUAUAGAAUGAUUCAAUAUUCCUCCAACUCGGGGAAGUUAUAGAUAAUUGACUUCAGUCUUAC